AAGGCGGUCGGAACCGGCACCAGCGGUUCCGCAAAUUUUGGUCGAGCCCUGCCAAUUACCAAGGCGCGCACAAAAAUUGGUCUCGAUAUCGGCGAACGGCAACGACACGGAUUCUUUGACGGCGAGCAACAGCAUCAAAGGUGCGUUGAGCAUUUCCCACAUACCUUCUUGUAAUCUGAAUCGGCCGACUAUCGUUCUCCUUCUUGCCUCUUCGUCCUUGCACGACUUCAGCUUCGCCGCUACCUUACUGGAUCGUCGUCACUAACACGAUCGCCCACAUCAGAACGUCGACCAAAAUGGCAUCGAUCGAGAUUGGAGCGACAAGCUGGCGUCGCAUCGAGGUUGGCCGCGUGCUCAAGCUCGAGAGCGGCAGCCUCGCCACUAUUGUCGAGAUCAUCGAUCACAAGCGCGCUCUCGUCGAUGGCCCCUCAUCAGACCCCAAGCUCGCGACCCCCCGGGGCAUCGUCCAGUUCUCGCGGGCUCUGCUCACCCCCAUUGUGAUCGAGAAGCUUCCCCGCGGCGCGCGGACGGGUGCCGUCAAGAAGGCGUGGGAGGCUGCCGGAGUUGAUGCCAAGUGGAAGGAAAGCAACUGGGCCAAGAAGCAGCUCCAGCAGGAGCGCCGUCAGUCGCUCACCGACUUCGAUCGGUUCAAGGUUAUGCGGUUGAAGAAGCAGAGGAGGUUUGAGGAGCGCAAGGCUCUCGCCAAGAUCAAGGCUGCCGCAUAAGGCGGGGGUUCGGUGCUUUAGAGGGAUAGCGUCUGGUUCGACAUGGCUUUUCUUGGGGAGGAAGGUAUUCUGGAACGGUCUGCAUGAACAUCAGCAAUUGGGCUGCUGGGGUAUCUCUUUGCGUCGCUUUCGGAAGACCUGUAUGUCACAUCAUCAAAGGUGACUGGCGUCAUAUGGAACAUGCGAUAUUGAGCCAAAAACAACAAAAGACCCAACGGACCAUGGCGCCGCCAUAGUGGCGCAGGUCUGUGAGAUAUCAGAAUCAGAAACCCCGGGAAUGCCGUGACGGCAAUGCUUCUGCUCUAUCUUCUUGGGAUUCCAAGAACCCUCAUGGCCCUGCUCAGUGCUGUGAAUCACUGCAUACGUAUGAUCUCAGUCAAGGUACCUUACGUACUCAAUAAGACACUUGAUUGAUGA